UAAAUCUUAGAAGACGGUGAAAAGCAAAAUGUCUCUUCGGAUAUCGGCGAUUCCAUCCUCUCCUCCGAAUGAAGGAACCGGCCCCGCGGUCCGACGUAGGUCGGCGGGUUAUCAUCCGAGCAUAUGGGGCGAUCAUUUCCUUAAAUAUGCUUCUCCAUCCCCCUCAUUGGAGUUCAAAUUCCUUGGAAGAGUGGAGGAACGAGUGGAGGAACCGAAAGGAGAGGUAAGGAAGAUGCUGACUAAUGUCGCGGACAAGCCUUCACAGAUGCUUCUCUUGAUUGAUCAAAUCCAACGCUUGGGAAUUGAAUACCAUUUUGAACGUGACAUGGAUGAGCAAUUAGAACAAAUUCACAAAAGUUACUCCCAACUUGAUCAUGCAGAUUUUAGGGGAGAUGACCUUCACAUGGUUGCUCUUAUCUUUCGAUUGUUGCGACAACAAGGCUACAAUAUUUCAUCGGAUGUCUUUAACAAAUUCAAAGAUAGUGAAGGGAACUUCAGGGAAUCGCUCAUCAAUGAUGUGGGGGGAUUGCUUAGCCUAUAUGAAGCUUGCCGGUUAAGGUGUCAUGGCGAUUCUAUCUUGGAAGAAGCACUUUCUUUUGCUACAACUUACCUUGAAUCAAUCAAUGAAAACAAAGUGAGCACUAGUCUUGCGAAACAAGUGAGUCAUGCCCUAAAGCAACCACUUCGCAAGGGGUUGCCGAGGCUCGAGGCGAGGCAUUACAUUCCACUCUACCAAGAAGAUCCUUCACAUGAUGAAGUCUUGCUCGCCUUGGCUAAACUAGAUUUCAACUUACUGCAAGAGCAACACCAGAAGGAACUUGGCAAGAUUACAAGGUGGUGGAAGGCCAUAGAUGUUCCGAGGAAUUUCCCAUUUGCUAGAGACAGGAUUGUGGAAUUGUUCUUCUGGAUCUCGGGAGUAUAUUUCGAGCCGGAGUUCGCCUUGGCUAGAGAUAUACUAACCAAAGUGAUCGCCUUGACUUCCAUUCUCGACGAUAUCUACGACGUGUAUGGCACGUUGGAAGAACUUGCACUCAUCACCGAAGCAAUCCAGAAGUGGGAUGUUGAUGCCAUGGAUGGACAACCAGAGUAUAUGCAAGCUUAUUACAAGGAGCUUCUCCAUCUCUAUGAAGAAAUUGGGAAUGAACUAGCCAUAGAAGGAAGAUCGUACCGCCUCGUCUAUGCAAAAGAAGCCAUGAAGAAGCAAGCAAGAGCGUACUAUCAAGAAGCCAAAUGGUUCCAUACGAAGUACACACCAACAUUGAAGGAGUACAUGCCCCUUCAACUAAUAACAACUGGCUAUGGACUAUUAUCGACUACAUCACUAGUGGGAAUGGGUGAUGUGGUCACAAAGCAUACUUUUGAAUGGGCGAGUGGUGACUGCAAGAUUGUGAAGGCUGCAGAAACCAUCUGUAGGCUCAUGGAUGACAUUUCCUCUCACCACUUUGAGCAAAAGAGGGGGCACUUAGUAUCUGCGGUGGAGUUGCUCAUGAAAGAACGCAGCAUGUCGGAGCUAGAAGCCGAGAAGGAAAUCCGGAAAGGAGUCAUUGAUGCCUGGAAGGACACCAAUGAAGAGUUUCUCCGUCCAACCGCAGUUCCAGCAUCGGUUCUCACACGGGUUCUCAAUUUCUCGCGGGCGAUGGAUGUGAUGUACACCAACGGAGAUCACUACACCCAUUCUGGAACCAAGCUCAAAGGUUAUGUUACAUUGCUCUUCGUUAGUCCCUUACCGAUGUGAAGUCCGGACCAAACGUCGUCACACCAAAUAGGUAACUGAAAAUCAACAGGCUUUUCCGGGAUGUAUGAGGUAAACUAUCAUUACUAGUAUGCACUUUCGGAUUGAUCUGCGUGAUGAAACUCAUAAAUAAACGAUGCAUAUCUGUAUGGUGUCGUUAAGUUUGCAA